GACUUCGUAUUCCUCCGGCAAUUCUUGUCAUUACUUUCCUUCCCAAAAUAAACAAUUUAGAAGUUCCAGCAGAGUAAGAAAGAUGGAUUCUCUGAAAAUGUUGAAAGGUUACGGCAAAAUAGAACGCGAUCAGCAGCACGGAAUCGAAGAUCAGCAACGAAGCCCUAAAUCCCAAAUCUCAAAACCCGUAAUCACCACAACAAUUUCCGUCUUCGCAAUCCUUUCCCUCACUCUAAUACUCUCCUUCGCCAUCGCAUCCAUUGCACACCACCAAGCCACUGAGUCCCAACAGCUUUCCAACUCGGCCGAGUCCAUUCGAGUCGUCUGCAACGUCACGCGCUUCCCCGCCGCGUGCCUCGCUGCCAUCCCGCCCUCCGUCAACACCACCGAUCCCCAAACCAUCCUCCUCCUCUCGCUCCGCGCCUCGCUCCACGCGCUCCAGAGCCUGGCGUCCUCGCUCCACGCGACGAAGGGAGGCGCGCUCGCCGACUGCAAGGACCAGUUCGACGACGCGCUGAGUCGACUCAACGACUCGCUGUCGGCCGCGGCGGCGCUGACCGACAAGGCGGUGGGAGACGUGCACACGUGGGUGAGCGCGGCGGUGACGGACCAGCAGACAUGCCUGGACGGACUGGAAGAGGCCGGUGACGCGGCGGGCCUUGAGAAGAUGAAGAAAAUGAUGAAGAGAUCCGAGGAGUAUACGAGUAACAGUUUAGCUAUUGUUGCUAAUUUUCGUGAUUUGUUACGCCAUUUCAACAUGAAACUCCAUUGAACCUUUCAAAUCGUUGCAUUUUUUUCUACUUGAAUCAGGGUUUGGAAUUUGUGAGUGUAAAUAUGUGAUCUUUAAUUAAUAGUGUGAUGUUGUAUUAUGGAGUUUCAAAUUUUAAUUAAGUUCUUUCCCUUCGUCAUAAUCACAA